AAUCAUCAUGGCGAGACACAAACGUGGUAGAGGUGGAGCGACAAAGAAGGACACCAGGGAUAGCAACAAGGGAGGGUGGUACGUUAACAGCCCGGCAGACAAGAACAACUCCGCUUUUGACGAGUAUUACCAGAACCAGGGUAUGGUUCCCGAAGAUGAGUGGGAAGCAUUCAAAGCCUGUCUACAGUCGGACCUUCCUACCACCUUUCGAGUGACGGGUUCAAGAGCUCAUGCGGAGGCUAUCAAUGAUUUGAUAAAGUCUACACAUGUGCCAAGUACUUCUAAUGUGGAGCUUGAUGGUGUCAAAUACCCUCCUCCGAUGCAGAUACCUUGGUACCCGGGACAUCUCGCAUGGCAGAUUUCCGCACCCAAACGGGUCAUCAGGAAGUCGGAGCCGUUCAAAAAGUUUCAACGGUUCCUCGUCGGUGAGACUGAAGUCGGUAAUCUAAGUCGGCAAGAAGCUGUCUCGAUGAUUCCUCCUCUACUCUUAGAUGUUGAGUCACAUCACAUCUGUCUUGACAUGUGUGCGGCUCCUGGGUCCAAAACGGCUCAAAUCAUCGAGGCUCUCAACCCUCAUCACACAUUCUCCACAGGCAUGUUGAUCGCCAAUGAUUCGGAUUAUAAAAGAACGCACAUGCUCGUUCAUCAAACGGGAAGAUUACCCAGCAAAGGCCUCAUUGUGACCAACUUGGAUGCUGCUCAGUUUCCUACCAUCAAGUUGUCAAACGGUCAACCAUUACUCUUCGACCGCAUCUUGGCCGACGUCCCUUGUAGCGGUGAUGGUACACUUCGGAAAAACCUCGAGAUUUGGAGUAAAUGGGGUGCUGCCGAUGCCAACUCUCUACACUCACUCCAAUUACGCAUCCUUCUUCGAGCCAUGAACCUCCUACGUCCUGGGGGUCGUCUAGUCUAUUCUACUUGUUCGUUCAAUCCUGUGGAAGAUGAGGCCGUAGUGGCUGCGGCGCUGAACUCGAAACCUGGGUUCUCCCUGCUCGACGUCUCAACCCAUCUACCGGGACUUCUUCGUCGUGCAGGCGUGUCGAGCUGGAAAGUCGCCACUCAGCCGAAAUCGGGUGAAAGAAAAAUUGCCUGGCAUGAGAAUUAUGAGUCGUACAGGGAAGCUGUCGAGGCGGGAAAAGAACGGGAUAAGGAUAUCAAAAAAGGGUUAUCGAGAAGUGUGUGGCCCCCGGAAAAUGUUAACGAGCUCAAUUUGGAGAGAUGUCUUCGAUUACUCCCCCAUGAUCAAGAUACGGGUGGUUUCUUUGUCUGUGUCCUACAAAAGGCCGACAUACCACAAUCAUCGACUAUCCAAGUCGAAGAUUCUGUCCUGCCCGACGUUUUACCCAUCGAAGCGAAUGUAGCCGACGAAACCGGAACUUCGUCCCUGAAACGUGCUCGGUCUCCCGUUGUCGAGGAACCAGACGCCAAAAGGAACAAAUCGGACCCUCCCUCUGCUGGGUCUACGGAUCCGACUGUAACUACGGGAGCGGCCUCGUCGUCUAAGGGUCAGGACCAAGGGAGAGCGAAGAAAGAGAAACGAGAUUUGGGAUUCAGAGAAGAUCCUUAUUCGUAUGUCAAGGCGGAUAAUGUAGAAAUCGGAACAUUGGUUGAUUGGUUCAAACUCAGCGAAACUUUUCCUCGCGGGAAUCUCAUGGUACGGAAUGAAUAUGGUGACCCUUUACGUACACUGUAUCUGACCAAUGACAUUGUCAAGGAAGUGUUGGAGAAUAAUGAUUACACCCGACUACGAAUCGUCUCUGCCGGGGUCAAGGCUUUCGUUCGACAAGAUUCUCAAACACGUCCAGAGGUAGUAUGCAAGUGGCGUGUACCUUCUGAAGGAAUAGGUGAGGUGGUGCCUCAUAUGAACGAAGAGGAAGUGCGGGAUAUGGGAUUGGAAGAUUUGAAAGUUUUGUUAGAGGAGCAAUACCCGCCUGUGGAACGUUUCUCCCCGAUUACUCAAACUCUGGUCAAUGAUCUACCCCUGGGCAAUAUCAUCGUACGAUUCAAAUCUGGUAGUUUACCAGAUGGUGCUCAUCUACCGAUGGAUCUCAUCUCCCCCAUGUGGAGAGCAAAGACUUCAUUAUCACUUUUAAUUGAUAAGCGGGAAAAGAGCACCUUGUCCUUACGUACGUGGGGUGAAGAUAUCUGUAAACCUGGCCCACCGUUGAAGAAUGGUGCACCACGGGAAGAGGAAGUAGCGGUAGAGGUUGAUAAGACGCGGUCAGCGGAAGUGGAUGAUGUGAGGGGAGUGGUGGAUGUAAAGCCAAGUCUGGCUGAUGAGGGAUCUUGA